ACAAAAUGUCUGGUAAGUGAGUGAUUUCUCUCAGUAUAUAAGAAGCAUCGAAACACGUUGUAAUUGGCUUCUGUUGCUGAAACAGAAGUCCAUUUCAUUGUGAGAGGCAAUUUGUUCAAUUUUUUAUGAAUUGUUGGUUAAAUCAUCACCAAAAUGUCGUUUUUAUCAUCAGUGAAUCAAACAACGGUGGUGAAGUUUUAUUCCAAUGUAAUGGACGAUGUAUUAGCCGGCGUACGAGAAGCUUUUCUAGACGAAGGAGUCGACGAACAAGUCUUACAAGAAUUAAGGCAAAUGUGGGAAGCCAAAGUGUUAGCUAGUAAAGCCAUCGAUCCUCCUGAAAUAGUCGAACCCCAACCACCGCCUUUACAAGUAUCCCAACCGCAGAAUGAACCGAAUAGAGUACACCAACAAACCAACGGUACGCAACAACCAAUGCAGUCGUCAUCGUCGCCAAAGAAUAAACCUAGUACAUCAGUGAACAACCAACAAAAUGUGAUGAAGCAGUUUACCCCAGCCCCAUCACAAACCAUCAAUUUGACUAAUACAGCAGUUACGGAUCUUAAUAAUAAAAUGGUGCCAAUUUCAUUAACGUUACCUCCUCCAUCUGGAUCGCAAAAUACUCAACCUAGAGUCUACAGCUUACAAGUUCCAGCGUCGGCUUUACAAUCUGAUCAGUUGCAACGAAUUCUCACCGCCCCUGUGAUUUCUGCCACUAUGUCGUUACCUGAAAGUGUAGCUUCAAAUCUUCUUCAGCAGCACGUAACCGCUGCUUUGCAGGGUCAAGCUAGCGUCAUUCCGACAGCUACUAAUAAUACUGGUAAUAAUGUGUUACAAUUAGGUGGAGCUCAGAAUUUACUGAUACCGCAGAACUCAAAUAGGCAAUUUCCUCAUAUGAAUCAAAUUUCAGGAAAUAUAUCGCAAGUCGAUGGCGCCUGUGACGUAUCAGAUGAUGAAGGCGAGCCUUCAACUAACACUACUUCACUCAACGAAGAACCUGUGAAUUUUAGUAUUACUGUGUUAGAUAAAAUUCAUCAAGUCGAUGGUAUUUACGACACUUCGGAUGAUGACGAUGAAGAUGACGACGACGACGACGAUGAUAUCGAUGACGAUGAUGACGACGACGACGAUGAUAAUAAAGAUGAAGAAGAAAACGAAGAAGCUGAGAAUGGUGUCGAGGAGGAUCCUUUGAAUUCGGAAGACGAUGUCAGCGAAGGAGAUAAUACUGAUCUUUUUGACACCGAUAAUGUUGUAGUUUGUCAGUACGAUAAGAUUAACCGAUCAAGGAAUAAGUGGAAAUUCUACUUAAAAGAUGGUAUCAUGAAUUUAUCAGGCAGAGAUUAUAUUUUCCAGAAAGCCAACGGCGAUGCGGAAUGGUGAAGAAAGAUAACACAAUACCCUUCGUGAGAAUUUCAUUAUGUUGAAAAACGAAGCAGGGUUUCAACUAAUCAUGAUUUCUCAUUACGUUCGAUUUAUGCUGUGUGCGUUUUACAAGCGUACUCAACACAUCGACGAUAUUAGUACUCAGAAAUUGAUUCUUCUUGUAUUUUGUAUAUAUUAAUACUUUCAAUUAUACCUUUUAAAAAUAACAAAAUAAAAGUUUUGUUUUUUGUUUGCAGUAUUA